AUGACGUUUCUGGACCUCAACGGAGGAGUAAAGAGGAUUUUGAUCGCCAUUGUUAGCCCAUCAUCACAACCGACAACCCUCGUCACCUCGAGGCCUACUAUCGUUAUCGCUAUUGAGUUAGGCUCUAAAGAUGAUGGAGUCGGUAUCCGAAUUGACUCCCUCUCUCUGAGACGGAUCAAAGUAGGGCGCUACAGGGUACUCCUGGAGCUAACUGCGGUCGUCGCAGGCUACGUAAUGACAAUAUAUAUUUCCGACAUUCCGUCGCCUCGCAAAUGUUGCUUGAAACGAAAAUGCUUCUUCAUGAUCAAGCUGCGUAGGUGGUCUAGAGACCCAGACGAGGCCAACUGGUCGGAGCGAAGAGAAAAAAAGAGAGCUUUCCUCAAUAUGCCUGCUGCUGGGUCUAGAGGGAUGACCGGGUUUCAAAGCUAG